CUGAGAGAUGCCAGAAGAGGGCACAGGGCUUUGGGAAGUUGCUGGAAGGGCUGGGCUUAGGAAUUGGGCGCUUAGAGGUUGAAUAUCUAAGGCUGGGGGAAUCGCAAAGCGUGGGGAAUAUUUGGAGUUGCGGGAGGCUGGAAAGGGACUUGUGAUAGGGAGUUAGGAUGUAGCUGUUGCUGCUUGGCGUGGUGGUCAGAGGAACAAAAUUGGAGAAUAAGGAACGAGAAAGGUGCUGAAAGGAAAUGAAAGGCUACGUAAGAAAGCAUGGUUGGCGGCCAGCUGUAGGGGGCUUUGAUCGGAAGCGGACUUAGCAUUAUUCAGUGAAUGAGAGUUAACAGGAAGUGAACAGAAUGAAAAAAGACGAAACAUGACGAUGGUAUUUUGACAAAUCAGGGAGGGACCAUAUGUAUUUUUCUUUUUAUUGCAAAACAUUCUUUUUAUUUUUAAAGGGAGACAGUUGCAUGAGGUUUAGUAGUCGUGGUCUAAAAACGAUUUAGUAGUUCAGUGAUAACUGCUACCAGACAUGCCAAGAUGCUGGGAUGCUAGUAAUAGGCGGAGAAGGAAAGGACAGCUAGGCUUCAGGAUGAGAGAGGUAGGAAUGCAGGUCUUUCUUUAAUGGGAAGAAAAGUAGGGAGUCCAGUAAAAGAAAGGGAGAUCAAUGAUUAUUUUGUGGAGGCUGAGGAAAAUAUUUUUCAUGCGUUAAUACCACCAAAGAUACUGUGGGAAGAUGGAGAAACAGAGAACCGGAGUCUCACCAUCAAACUUCGGAAGCGGAAGCCAGAGAAGAAGGUGGAGUGGACGAGUGACACUGUGGACAAUGAGCACAUGGGGCGUCGCUCGUCAAAGUGCUGCUGUAUUUAUGAGAAACCUCGGGCCUUUGGUGAGAGUUCCACCGAGAGUGAGGAGGAGGAAGAGGAAGGCUGUGGUCACACACACUGUGUGCGGGGCCACCGCAAAGGACGGCGUCAGGCAACCCCAGGACCGACCCCCACCACGCCUCCCCAGCCUCCUGAUCCCACCCAGCCCCCGCCGGGGCCAAUGCAGCACUAAAUUCGUCUCUUCCCCACCA